AUGGAUGUGCUUGAUCGGCUCCAGUCUGGUCUCUUCUUCCGGCCCAAUGUCGCCGACAUAACCCCGACCAUUAUCCAGCCUUACAUUUUGCCCAACCAAGCCCAACCCACGAUCCAUUACCAGAAGAAUGCCUCGUCCAGCAUCCCGGCUGCAACUCUUGCUUCGAUAAAUAGUUCUACUCCCGAAGUCCCACUCCCGUUGCUGAGCGUCUCGGCCAACGUGGACGUCCAUGGCAGGCUUUGUACUACGAAGGUGACACAACAGUUCAGCAACGCUUCCUCCUCGACCACACAAAAUGCAAGAUACGUCUUUCCCAUCUACGAUGGAUCGGUUGUUACUUCAUUUCGCUGCUGGAUCGGCAACGACAGACUCCUCGAGGGAGCUGUAAAAGCCAAGGAAGCGGCAAGGGCAGAUUUUAAACAUGCUGUCUCCCAACGCAAGGUCGCCGUACUGGUUGAAGAGCUGGUGCCGGAGGUUUUCGAGACGAGCGUGGGAAAUAUCCCUGCACAAACCACAGUCAAGAUUGAGAUCACGUACACCAAUCUCCUCAAGGUGGAUAACAGUACUGGUGGACUGGUCCUUACGAUCCCAACAUCGAUCGCACCGCGAUACGGAGACGUGCCGGAAGGAUACAGCGGAAAUGAAUCCCUUCUCACGGAGGGCCUGCGAAUCAACGUGCAAGCAUCGAUGCCGACAGCCAUCCGCAAGAUGGAGUCGCGAUCACACCCCAUAUCGGUCGAGAUGGGAGCAGUUUCCCACAAAAGCUUUACAGAUUUCGCAGCAAGUGCAUCUUCGGACAUGCUGGAUUACUCCAAGGGACGCGCGACGUUAUCAGACAGAAAGGCUGUCCUUGGUCACGACUUUGUCUUACACAUUUUGUGUAGCUCUCGCGAAUUUUCGCGGUCACGAGCUAUUGCGGCGUCGCAGCCUGGCCAACCCAGCCUCUCCACGAUUGCCGUCACCGUGCACCCGGGCGAUCUGUUUUGUCAAAAUGUUAAUAUGGAGGAUUUUGUCGGCGAAAUCAUCUUCAUGGCGGAUAGAUCAGGGUCAAUGAAGUCAAAAAUCCCCUCUCUCAUCAAUGUGAUGAAUAUUUUCCUGCGAAGUCUCCCUGAAGCAUGCUCGUUCAACAUAGCCUCCUUUGGUUCCCAGGUUACAUGGCUAUGGCCUUUCUCGAUGAGAUACAGCCAAACGAACUUGGAUGUCGCCGCGAAGCAUGUCGAUUCAUUCAAAGCAAACUAUGGCGGUACCGAAAUCUAUGGCGCUCUGCACAGUGUUCUGGAUCACUAUAAUGAGCGGAAUGACGUGCCAACCAAUGUGAUCUUGUUAACUGACGGUGAGGUCUGGGAUGUGGACAAUGUGAUACAGCUGGUGCACAGAACGGCCUCAAACGGUAAUUCAAAUAUCAGAUUCUUUUCUUUGGGAAUUGGAGAUCAAGUCUCUCAUCGCUUGGUCGAGGGCAUCGGGCAGCAAGGGGGCGGCUAUGCAGAGGUCGUGCCAGAGUCCUCGAUGGGUUCAUGGCAGGAAAGAGUAAUACAAAUGUUGAAGGCAGCAUUGACACCAUCUCGCCUUCAGUGCAAUGUGGAUCUUGGCAAGGAACUUGCCAUGAAGACAUCUGAGAGGCAGAUUGCCGGAUAUACUGUGCAAUACCCUGAGUGGGUUCAGGCUCCCCACCAGAUCCCUGUGCUGAGUACCUUUUCGCAUUUCUCUCUCUACUACAUACUGGAGAGCGGAUUGGACUCACUGCCGAAAACAAUCAAUAUCACUACAACGACCGAGAGAGGAGAGAAGCUCUCAGCGCAGCUGCCAAUCCAGACAGUAGCGGAACAACCAGCCAUUCACCAUCUGGCGGCGAAAGCACUGAUGAACGACUAUGAAACCGGACAAAGCUGGCUGCAUUCACUUAACCCAGUCCUCAAGUCCACCAACUCAGCAGGCUUCGAAAAGGUUCUGGAGCAGGAAGCACAGCACGUCGGGCAGACGUGGUCCAUACCCAGCAAGUGGACGAGCUAUGUGGCUAUUGAUCGUACCACAGCCCAGCAACAUGCGAUAUCGGUCCAUAAAGCGGAUUCUAUCGAAUUCUCCCAGUUGACUAGGCCACGGCAUACUUCUACCUCUACGGAACCACGUAUAGGUAAAAGAAAAGGCCCUUUUGUCCGGAGAUCUCUGCUCAAUGAUCCUCGAAAUUCAUCCUUUGGUAUAGAGGAGGCAGGUACGCAGUUUCUUUCGGUGCCUGCACCACCGCCGGGUCGGCCUUAUUCUUUAGAUACCUCCUUUGAGUGCACUUAUACCGCGAGUCCUAGCACGUUCGGGGCGGGGGUUGGGGUCCCGGCAUUUGACUACCAUAAUCAGCCAACCCAAACUCAGUAUCAUUACCACGACGCAUCGCGAGCCUCCCCAGCUCCACAGGUGACGUCCCAACCUGCGGAGCUAGAGCCACGAUCAAGAGAUGCAAGCGUAACCUCGUCCCUCUUAACCCAAUCGAGGGGCAGGGUUAAAGCAGCUGCGACCUGUAAUGAUCCCGACGAGGACAAAGACAUAGAAUUGCACUAUGCGUACCCGGUAUCGGACGUGGAUAGCGAUGAGGCUAUUGCCGUUGCACCUCACGCACACUCCCAACGACCAGAACCUAUCCUACGCCGAGCUAAACGCUAUGUCAAACCCCGCAGAUCUAGCCCAGAUGUAAAUGAGGCCGAAGACCAUAAUCCUCCUUCGCCAACUGACCCGCUAAAUAACACGACCUGGAUGGGCAUCCGCCAAGCCCGCUUUUGCAGACCCCGCUCUCCGGACAGGGAACCUGGCGAUCCUGACCACCCAAGACCAUCGGAUUUCCCUCCCUUGGACAGAAUCCUCCGCAUGCAACAGGCGGACGGUAAAUUUCUCGUUGUCAGCAGUUCCUUCAGAAGUGCCCUGAACCAGAAAUAUGAGCACAAGGCGCUUCGACAGUUCCUCACCUCCAGGUUCGGCCGAAAGUCAUUGGCCAUGGGGUUGCGUCUCUGUCAAUUGGCCUACAAUGUUUGUCUUGUCGUUUAUAUUACUCAUGAGUAUGCUUCUUCGAAGGCGCUCUGGGAGCUCCAGGUAGCAAAGGCACGGCAAUGGAUCAAGCGGAUCAUUAUAGAAUGGUUGAAGGAGAGUGGUGAUUCGGAGGAAAUACCGGAGACAUCACUGGAGGAAUCUGCAGAGUCUAUGCUCGAGGAGAUGGACAAACUAGUUUUGCAGCAGAGCUGA